GAGUUAGUUGAAAAGAUCAAAAUGGAGCCGAACAUAACACUUCUGUUCAACAUAAGUUCGCUCCUGAUGCGUGACGUCACUUCUAGCGUGUCAUCGGUGAUUGCAGUGCGAAAUAAGAACGUGUCAAACGCGUAUGAAUGGCGGUUCGUUUUGCCGCCAUACUUCUUGAUUUUUCUGCUGUCUAUAUCCGGUAAUUGCUUGGUGAUAGCAACCCUGACGAGCAAUAGACGGAUGCGGACUGUGACGAAUGUGUAUUUGUUGAAUUUGGCAAUAUCGGAUUUCCUGCUGGGCGUAUUUUGCCUGCCUUUCACCUUGGUUGGGCAGAUUUAUAGAAGAUUCUUAUUCGGCGCUACACUGUGCAAGUUAAUACCUUUUUUGCAAGCGGUCUCCGUAUCCGUGGACGUAUGGACACUAGUCGCCAUUUCUCUAGAGAGAUACUUCGCGAUAUGCAGACCACUUGAGUCCAGAAAGUGGCAGACCCAAUGUCACGCGUACAAAAUGAUUGCUACGGUCUGGCUGCUGUCUCUGGCGCUGAAUUCACCUAUACUGAUCGUAUCUACGUUGCAGCCUAUGAGAGGAAAUGCAUACAAAUGCCGUGAAGUCUGGACCAGCCUUGAACUAGAAAGGGCGUUCAACCUGGGUCUCGAUGCAGCAUUACUUCUCAUACCGUUCUUCAUCAUGUCGUUUGCAUAUUCGCUGAUCGUCACCAAGCUGUGGCGAGGGAUGCAACAUGAAAUACAGCACAGCUUCAAUUGGCAGAAACAUUUACACACAGAUGGUACUUGCAAGAACAGUCACCUGCUGCCAACGACACCGAUUCUGAACGGCAAUUCAACCGAAUUGUGCUGUAGGAAUGGGUGCAAUGCUAAGAAAUUAAAGGAAAACGAGCAACGCCUGGAAGCAGAGAAGAAGCAAGCGUAUUGCAUGCAUGCAGAUUUAGAAUUCAGACACGUGGUUCGUUCUACGCACAUCGAUAAAAGCAUAGAAGCGAAACGAAAGGUCAUACGGAUGCUAUUCGUGAUCAUUCUAGAAUUCUUCGUGUGCUGGACACCACUGCAUGUUAUCAACACGAUCUAUCUCUUCUACCCCGACGAGCUAUACAAGUACGUCGGAUCCAAGGGCAUUGUCUCCUUACAACUUCUGGCCUACUGCUCCUCCUGUUGCAAUCCCAUCACCUACUGCUUCAUGAACCGCAAGUUCCGACAGGCCUUCAUCAGCCUCUUCAAGACUUGUAAGCUGCUCAGGUGGUGUUUCCCUGAGAAGUCCGAGGGCAAGCAGGCGACUCCGCCGCCUUCCAGCCAAGACGUUACUGCUUGUAUUAUAAGGGGCAGCCACACUGGACGCACUGAGUUGGAUGGGCUAGAAGGUGAGGAUUGUGUUUAGCAGCGGCUCACAAAACACCACGGUGGGAAGCGCACACCCCGCCCUGCCAGCUGUCGUUGUCGCGCGGCCCGUUACACAGGUAAUAGAAACAGGAAAGGAAGGGAGUCAAUUCCUUUAUCGCAUUACCUGGCCCCGCACGGCGCAGUCAAAGGGGCCAACGCCUGCACAGCCGCUUUAUGAAUAGAAGAGUCAGUGAAAGAUAC